AUGAUGAAGAAGAGCAAGCUGAUCACAAAAGCAUGGAAGAAAAUGUCAAGCAGAGUCGCUAAGCAUCGUGCCGCCGACGAAAAACCUCACAUACCACAUGACGUACCAAAGGGACACCUAGUGGUGUACGUAGGUAAAGAAGAGGAGAGUUACAAGAGGUUCGUGAUCAAGAUCACGUUGCUCCACGAUCCCAUCUUCAGGGCUUUGCUUGAUCAAUUAAAUGACGAAGCUUACGACGAUUUCACUUCUGGAGAUUCUAAGUUCUGUAUCCCUUGCGACGAAAAACUCUUCCUCGAGAUCCUCCGUUGUGCUUCUCCUCGUUAUUCUUGA